AUGAUUUUAUUUAUUCUACAAAUACUUUUUUUUCAAAUUAUCUACUCACGAACACAAGAUACAUCCAAUAUUCGUUAUGAUCCUUUAUUAUCAGCUCAAUGUAAAGCUCGUUGUUUAUAUGAAUAUCGAAAUCAUAGUCAACAACAACAACAGCAACACCAUCGAUCAUUACCAUCAAUGUUGACUAAUGAAAAAACAAAACGGUUAUUGACGACAAAUGUAUUGAGAUUACCAUGGCGAUCUAUCUGGGAGCGUUGUCCACGCCUCAUCACAUGUAGUUCGUGUCUUCUCCCAUGUGACUUAGAUCCGCCACUUCUUUUAUCCGAUAAACAAAGUUGUCAAGCAAUCUGUUCUACAUUAAAACUUGUAGAAUGCGAACAAAGUUGUAUAUUUAUUCAAAAUCUUUAUCAGCAACACGCUAAUUGCUUGACAGGCAAUUGUCAAUUAUGUUCAUCACCAUAUGAUUGUUCAAAAAAAAUUCCUCAACCAUAUAAUGUCACAGCUAUUGAAAGAAAAAGUCGACGAACAGUUCGAUUAAAAUGGAAUUCUUAUCCAAUAAUAAAUACGGAGCCAAUUUUUUAUGUUAUUGAAGCACAAUGGACAUUUCCAAAAACAAAUAUUAAUCAAUAUGAACUUGUUUCAAAAUGGGGUUUCGUUAAAGAAGAAGUUUCAAAUGCAAAAGCUAUUAUAAGAAAUAUACAACGUGACAAUCGAUGGUAUAAAUUUCGUGUUGCAGCUGUUACGCGAUAUGGACAUUCACCAUUUUCUAUAACAACUAAACUUUUUCGUUUAACAAAUGAAUCGUAUACUAUAUCAACAAUUAUAGAUCCACCAAGAAAUUUCUCGAUCAAAGAUUAUCAAUUCAAUUCUAACACUAUGAACAUAACUCUAGUUUGGCAAAAACCGAAUUUAUCAGUUCAUGAAUAUCAGAUCUCUUGGAAAUCCGAGAAUGAUCAAUCAUCACUUGUAAAUAGUGUUGAUAUAUCAUCAUCAUUAUCUUCAUUGGAAUUCACCAUUCCAUUUCUUUCUAUAGACAACUCCUAUCUAUUCAAAAUUCGUUCAAUGAUCACAUCCGACGGUAAUCAUAUUCAAAUGAGUUUACCAAUACUAAUUCAUUUCAAUUCGGACGAAGAAUUUUUUCCAAUAAAAAAUUUUCAAAUAUCAAAACCUUAUUUUAUCAAUGGAUUGAUAAAAGCCAACAUAUCAUGGAGUAAAAAUAAUGAUUCUCGAAUCAAACAAUAUGAUAUUUAUUGGAUUGAAAAUAAAUGUCAUUCAGAUGUUUAUUCAUGUUGCUACCGACGAGAUGCAGUUACAAUACAAAAUCAUUUUCAAUUAUAUGAUUUACGUUUUAAUUGUACAUACUUAGUGAAUAUAAAUGCCGUUGGAUUAAAAGUUAAAAAAUCCUUUCGGUUCUAUUUUAAUAUUAGUUCGUGUGAACUAACAGAGGUUUACGGUUCGAUUCGCCCACCAUGUCAAACAGAUCGAAAGACAAUUGACAUCUUUUCAUCAUUACCGCCGCUUGAUCUUAUUGUGAGAAGGAAUGGAUCAGGUUUCAACUUGCGUUGGCAAAAUAUUCAGUCAAUUGUAUCCGUUAUACCUGAUCGAAUAGUUAAUAAUGCAUUUUAUCGAUUGCGUAUUGAACAAUUACCAAAUCAUGUUGAGAUUGCUUCAAUUGAAUUUCCUAUUAUGAUUACGAACUAUUUUAUACCCUAUUCAAAAGACGUAGAUGAUCGAUAUCUUAAUGUAACAUUAAGUUUAAUUGAGAACAUGUCUGUACGACAACAACAAUCGAUAUUGAUUAAUGAUAAGAAAGAAGAAUAUUUUUAUUCUCAUGUUAAUAUGAAUUCAUCGUCAAUAAUUAUUCACUUCAGAUAUUUUGCGUUAUUUAUUUGGUUUGUUUUGGUCAUGAUCAUAAAAUAA